AUGUCUUGGCUCGCGGGGUACGGCAAACUCGACGACGAGGAAAAUGACAAUCUAGGUGUCGACUGGGUGCUGCAGUAUGAGUUCGGUGAUAUCGACCAAGCGCAGGCGAUAACAGAGUUUCGUACUCUAAUUCGUGAUCUGACCGAAGCUGGUCUUCGCGUUCAAGUUCGCCAUGGCCAUGGGUCCUCCCUAUUGGUGUGUUUACGGGUGCCCCGAGACCAGCUUGGGAGGAUGGUUCACCAGUCACGAGUGAAAGACUUUUUGUUUGGAAUCAUACAUACGUUGCCUGAGGGUGAUCAAAAUACUACCGCACACUCUGAGACACCCUCCGAAGAAUUACGAUCCGUAUACCAUGCUGUUAGUUGGAGCAAAGAGCUGGGUGGUGCUGGGAUCACUCCCAACCACGGAAAAUGGAAGAAUGUCACGGCGUCCUUCCCGCUACAUGAUCAAGACGCGUGUUCGCAAUUGUUACGUCAAUGGAGUCGGAAAACCAAUUUGACAGUCAAGGAUUUGGACACGAUCCGCGCGUUGUUUGGCGAAAAGGUCGCAUUUUACUAUGCUUUCAUUCAUUGCUAUUCGCUAUUCUUGAUCGUCCCUGCCGUUUUAGGCAUCCUUGGAUGGCUCUACCUAGGCCCUUACUCGAUAGUUUAUGGCAGCGCCUUGUGUAUCUGGUGUGUGGUGUUUGUUGAGUACUGGAAGAUUCGGGAACACGACUUGGCCGUACGGUGGAAUGUGAAAGGUGUUGGUGUUUUAAAGGUAAACCGGGCCCAAUACCAAUGGGAGAAAGAAGUCCGGGACCCCGUCAGUGGACAAGUGAUGAAGGUAUUUCCUGGGUGGAAGCAGUUCUCGCGGCAGCUGCUGCUAAUUCCAUUCGCUUCAAUGGCCGCCAUUGCCCUCGGAAGUUUAAUCGUGGUUACCUUUGCUUCGGAAGUUUUCAUCUCAGAGGUGUACAACGGAAAACUCAAGGGAUAUCUUGAAUUCGUGCCGACCAUUCUUUUCUCGCUUUCGCUACCUGCCAUCACCUCAUUCCUGACCAGCCUCGCGACUCGACUUACCAAAUACGAGAAUUACCGAACUCAAGAUCUUUACGAUCUUGCUCAAACGCAGAAGAGCUUUAUCAUGAACUUUAUCACGUCAUUCCUCCCGACCAUCCUCACAGCCUACAUCUACGUCCCAUUUGGCAAACAGAUCGUUCCCCAUUUGGACCUUCUCCGAAGAAGUGGUCUCAAUUUCGACAUGGCGUCCCAUGCCGAGUUUGAGGUGGAUACAUCUCGAUUCCAGCAGGAGGUCAUCUACCUCUCCAUGACCGCACAGGUCCUCGGUUUUGGUGAAGAGAUCGUCAUCCCUUACGUGAAGCAUGUCCUCUGGCAGAAGUGGCGAGACUACCGCGACCGACAGCACGGUUUGACCCGCCAGCGCAGUUUCUCCACCGCAACUGAUCUCCUCUUGAUUGAUCCUCCAGAUGAGGGCAAGUUUCUGAAACGGGUGCGUAGUGAAGCCGGUGCAGACGAGUACAAGGUGGAGGACGAUAUCCUCGAGAUGUGUGUGCAAUUUGGCUACCUGGCGUUGUUCGGUGUAGCAUGGCCACUCGUACCUUUGGGAUUCCUUCUGAAUAACUGGUUGGAACUACGAGGCGACUUCUUCAAACUGACCCUAGAGUGUCAGCGACCCCCACCCAUCCGGUCUGACUCCAUCGGUCCCUGUCUCCUGGGACUGGACGUCCUUUCAUGGCUAGGCACCCUUUCUACUGCAGCAAUUGUGCAUAUCUACCGAGGUCCUAUGGCUGAGGUUAAGCUGUCGUCAUUACUCCUGACCCUCUUCGGCGCGGAACAAGCCUAUUUGGUCCUCCGGUUUACUGUCUCGACCGCUCUGCAAAAAAUCUUCAACGAUAGCUCACGUCGCGAAGAAGCCCAGCGUUACGCCUUGCGGAAGAACUUCCUAGACGCCAGCCACUCCCAAAGCGGAGUCCCUGGAUCUCCUGGCUCUCGGGUGCGCCAGCGUGUGCGUUUCCAUGAACGAGUCAACGUUUACGGGUCAGAACCUACACCCUCCCCUGACGGCAGCCCUUCGCCUGAAACGGAGAAACCACAUGAUGAUGUGCUCCGUGGAUCAGACCGUGAGGCCGAAUUUUGGAAUGGUUUGUCGUGUGACACAUCGGACGCAGGCGUCAAGAUGAUCCGGGCGCUUAGUGCAUCCAAAGUAGGGGAUGAACCCAAGUGGACAAAGGAGGCAUAG